AUGCUCAUCUGGGAUGGAUUGGCAGGUAGCUCCAAUUUGGAUAAUCAAAGGAAGUUUUGGAAGGGUCUGUGGCAGCUCUGGGUUCCAAAUAAAAUCAAGUUUUUUGUGUGGAGGGCUUGUAAUGAUGCUCUGCCAACUAUGGAGAAUUUGCAUCGAAGACAUAUCACCCCUUCUGAUAGGUGUGAACUCUGUAAAGAGCAUUCUGAGGAUGCUGUGCAUGCUCUUUGGCUGUGUUUCUGCAUUGCCGAGAUGAGUAUCGAGCUGAGAUUUUUGUUAUUGUUGCGUGGAUUAUCUGGAAUCGAAGGAAUUAAUGCGUUGCACUUUGGUCAAAAUGCCCUCCCUGUUGAUCGCAUAUGCAGCAGCGCCGACAGUCUUUUGCAAGAGUUUUUGGAAUCCCAAGAUGAGGAGUCGGUUAACUUUGACGCGGCAGUCUUUCGGUCUUCAAACUUGGCUGGAUUAGGUGUUAUAGUGCGCUACAAUUGUGGUGCAGCUAUUGGAGCGUUUUCCAUGCCCAUUUCUCUUGGUCGGUCUGUGGCUGAGUUGGAAGCUUUGGCCUGCCAACGGGCCGUCCAGUUUGCUUUAGAGAUUGGUCUUACCCGUGUGGUUAUUGAAGGGGAUUCUGUUGUUGUCAUUGAUGCUCUUCAGCAUAGGACAGGGAUAAAGGCCCAGAAUGACAUGUUGGGCCUUGGGCUUUUGUCUAGGAACGCUAAAUUGUUUAAGGAGAAGCAAGUAGUUAUCAGGAGUCCUUAG